AUGUCCGAGUUUACUCGAAAUACAACCCAAAUAUUUCUUCAAAAACCCCUUUCGGAUGUCGUUCGAAAGCUGCGCAGCUCUUUAGGCCAAAGUCAGGAGGGGCUUAUUGAGCAGUUCGUCAAUGACACUCAGAAGGAGGUCACCUCAUCGGUGCGAAGUGUGAAGGUUAUGGCUAUUCAAAAGGCUAUGUAUUUUCAUAUGCUGGGCCAUAACGCCGAGUACGCGAAUUUCCCGACGGUUGAAAUCAUGGCUGACUCCACGUUCGUAAACAAACGGAUCGGCUACGUCUCGGCCUGCACGACGUUCCGAGAGAACGCCGAGGUUCUUUCCCUGACCCCGGCGCUCCUAAAGCGCGACCUCAACAGCAGUAGUCAGUACGUGGUAGGUCUCGCGCUGUAUUAUAUUACCACUAUUUGCACUCCCGAUCUUGCUAGGGACCUCGUCUCGGAUGUGGUUCACCUUCUCCAGCACCCCUCGACUUAUGUUCGAAAAAAGGCGGUGUUAAGUUUAUACAAAAUUUUUGUAAAAUUCCCCGAAUCACUCCGUCCGGUCUACCCUAAACUGAAGGAAAAGCUUGAGGAUAGCGCCGAUAACAAGGACGCCGAGUCGGUGGUUCGGGGAGCGGUGGUGUGUGUGUUGUGUGAGCUUGCGCGGCGAAAUCCGGCCAACUUUUUAGGCCUUGCGGUUCCCUUUUACUCACUGCUAUUCACGAUUCACAGUAAUUGGACGCUUAUCAAGAUUAUAAAGGUUUUUGGGUACUUUGCGCAAUCGGAGCCGCGCCUGUGCAAGAAGCUCGCGGAGCCGCUCACGAACCUGAUUCUCACCACCAGCGCCAAGUCGGUUCAGUACGAGUGCAUCCUUGCGGUGGCGAAUGGGAUGAACAAAGUCUCCUCGCUUACCAAACUCGCCGCGGACAAGAUGCGACUUUUUGUCGAGGAUCCCGACCAAAACCUCAAGUGCCUUGGCCUGCACGCCAUGUCGCGCCUUAGCGUCGAUCAUCCCAAGGUUUUGAUGGAACACCGGGACAUCGUCCUGACGUGUUUGAAGGAUGCGGAUACUGUUAUUCGGCGGAAGGCGUUGGUGAUUCUGAAAGACCUGGUCACCACGAAAAGUAUUGUAUCGACUAUCAAUGCAAUUUUAGACGCCGCGGUGAGUACCCCGCCGAAUGAAGAGUGGACCAACACCGCCAUCCAUGCUAUAGUGGAGAUGGCCCAAACCGAUGACUACGGCCUCAUUACGAACUUUGAGUGGUAUUUUAGCAUUUUAAUUGAAUUGAGCGUGAUCGAGAUCUCGGUCUUUCAAUACGGCGGUUUGCUCGAGCGGGAGUUGGUGACGAUACUCACACGGGUGAAUUGUAUUCGACAAUUCGGUGUAGAGGCCCUAUCGAAGAUGCUGUACGCCAACAGCCCCAUUCUUAAUUCGCAUCCUGAAAACUCGACGCAGUGGCGUAUUCUUGGCGCCACGGCCUUUGCAUGCGGGGAAUAUCCCUACUGGAUCCUGGACCGAUGCAAGGUCUGUGAGGACUUGCUCUCCGAUAAAAUUUUGCGCUUCCCCGCUGAUAUUCAACUCGCUUGUGUGUCCGCGGUUGGGAAAAUUGUGGCGUACACAGUUAGUCCUUGUGCGCGGCAUGUGAACUUGCGCAAUGACGAGGAAAAACUUACGCCGCUUGAAGCGGCUCAACACCCCACCCUUGAGGCGCUUCGCGGUGUGCUGUUGGACGCCAAAUCCAACGACGCGUCGUUCCUAUCCAUAGCGCGGCAGCCCUGUUCAUCUGAUGCGGGGGUGGAGCCCGCGGCCUUGGCGCCCCUCGAUCGGUAUCGAUUUAGUAUCUAUCCUGACGUCCAGGAAUAUGCCAUCCUCACGCAUUAUCUGCUAAUCGAAAACCCACAUGUGGGGACACGGCUCUACGAAAAAGAGCUGCCCCUGGUUGCCUUUGGGGCGCAAAAUGCACUGGAAGUACCGGAUGGCCUUGACCUAGACACCCCGCUCUGUGAAGAUUUCUCCGCCCUGAUGGCUCUAUCCUCUAGUGACGAUGACGAGGGGGAGCUUGGACGAGCUGACAAGGAGGGGAGGUAUGGGAAUGAAGUAAAUCUUCAAUAUAGUAUUGAGCAUCAGCAGCAUCUCGAACAGGCCCGCCGUAAGGACAUGUCCGUCUUUUAUCUCAACGACGCGGAGGACGCGUCGAUGGAUUCCCCGUCAAUCAAUGUGGAGGACGCGCGGAAUACCGUCGCUUCGGCAAAACCCAUUAAUCAUAGAGUUAAAGAUGAUUCAUUCAAUCUCCAUAAAUCGCGUUUGAAGCGUUCUGGUCACAAAUCUCACGCAAUCAACCGGGACUUCCUAAAGCCAUCCAAUUACGUGGUUACCGCCAAAACAAAGGACAAGAAGCCCAUAGAGGAGGAUGAGGUGACCCGAAGAUUCCGUGAAAUCGACGUAACCCACAAACUAUCUGAACACGAGCGACUUCCGGAGGUGCUCCCGUAUUCCCUUUUGCUUAGCGGUGGUGAUCAUCCCCCCCACGACAAGACAUGGCAGCAGAACCCGGCGAAGAAAAAUGCGGCUCACCCUAACGUUCGCUUCAACACCCCAGCGGCGACUCUUUAUGAUGAACAUUCACUUCGGGUGAUGCUUUACGCCGAUCGCUGUAAACUACAUGCGGGUGAAAUGAAAGUUUCCGUGGUGCUGGAGCUGACCAACUUGUCCACCUCCGCAGAGUUGGAGGAGGUGGUGAUCGGAUUACAGAUCGGCAAGGAUGUGGAAGGGACACCCGAAGCUUACCUGGACGGCGCGCUGGUGCUCGAACCUCACGCCGAUAAGCGGGAUUCGACCCCGGUUUUUGAUAUGACAAUGGAGGCGACCGCAUACGCCGAGGCGCAUAAAAUGGAUCCCGCCCAUUUUAUUCCCAUUGCCAAGAAAAUCAAGCCGGGCGCCGUCGCGCGGGUGUCUUUUGCCAUCCGCGUAACGCCGAUUCCCUCGUCUCUUUUGGCGCCUCUGCCCUUUUUGAUGGGGUUCGCGCGAAACCGCCAUUUCGGCGGCGUUUCUUUUUACAUGCCGCUCCCAUACGCAUCCUUUAUUAAACCAGAACUCCCUACAUUGACGGCGGCGGCGUUUAACGCGGCGGUUCUCGGCGACGCCCUAAAAGAGGCCACGACGGCCUCCGCCUUUAUCCCUUGCAAUAAGGCGACGCUUUUGGUCGCGGUUCCUCUCAUUCAGGACUUUCUAAAGUUGGUUUCCAUGGAUAUCUUCAAGGAUAUGGCGACCUUAUACGGUACCGUUCACGUGAACAAGGCGAUAUCAGAUGACCAACAUGUGGCGGUUCUACUUUGUGAAGUACAGAAAGACCAGAUGAAGGGCAUUGAUGUAAACGUACGCACCCGCAUUACGGCGGUUGGCGAGCUUUUGAUUUAUGCUAUUGCUGAAAUUAUCCAAAGCUCCUUAUUUUAA